GUACCGCAGCUGGAAAAAUGGCAGCUGAUUCAGGGAGAUACAGGAGUGCUGUUAGCAAAAACAAAGACCCUUCUGGUCUCCUCAUCUCUGUGAUAAGGACUCUGUCCAGCAGUGAUGAUGUGCAGGACAGAGAGACGGAGAAGGGCCGUCUGGAAGAGGCCUUUGAGACAUGCGACAGGGAUUUAGAUGAGCUGAUUGUUCAGCAUUAUGCAGAACUCACCACUGCCAUUCGGACCUACCAGAGCAUCACAGAGCGCAUCACCAGCUCCCGCAACAAGAUUAAACAGGUAAAGGAGAACCUCCUCUCUUGUAAGAUGCUUCUACAUUGCAAAAGGGAUGAGCUGAGAAAGCUGUGGAUUGAAGGCAUCGAGCACAAGCAUGUCCUCCAGCUGCUGGAUGAAAUUGAAAGCAUCAAGCAGGUGCCUCAACGGCUGGAGUCCUAUAUGGCAAGCAAACACUACCUUCAUGCCACGGAUAUGCUGGUGUCAGCUGUGGAGUCAUUGGAAGGCCCCUUGCUGCAGGUGGAAGGACUUGGAGAUCUGCGGUUGGAGCUCCAUAGCAAGAAGCUCAACAUCCACCUUGUUCUCAUUGAUGAACUACACCGACACCUCUACAUCAAAUCAACAAGUCGCCUGGGACUCAAGAACAAGGACAAAAAUGCUGCCCGCCUUCUAAGCUCCACUACCAGAGACUCCUCUCCAGUGCCUGUGUUGGAUGUCAGCAGCCUGUCCACCCCACGCAAGCUUUUGGAUUCAUCACAGUUCAGCACGCCUGGAUCAAGUGGUGUGCGUGAGGAUGUGCGAGAGCUGAACCAAGCUGACCUAUCUGAGGUUGAUCCAGAGGAGAACAGUGCUGAGUUCAUGGGCAUCCUCAUCAAGGCUCUGGCCAAGCUGAAGAAAAUCCCAGAGACAAUUAAAGCCAUAAUGGAGCGGCUGGAGCCUGAGCUAAAACAGAUUGUUAAGAGGUCCACUACUCAGAUAGCAGACCAUGCCUAUCAGAGAGGAGAGAACCUGGCCCAGGAGAGCCAACCAAGGUUGUUGCUGGAGCUGCUGGAGCUGUUGUUUGAUAAGUUUAAGGCAGUGGCCCAGGCUCACAGUGUGGUGUUGGCCCAUCUGCAGCAGAUUGCGGUGCAGUGUCCGGGCGGGGCCCACGAGGAGGGCAUCAAGCUCUAUGAGCAGGCGGACGUCUCUGCAAAGAUCCAGACAGUGCUGCAGGUUCUGCUCAUGGAGUAUCUUGAUGUGAAGAACAGCCGUAGUGCCACUGAGCCUUCUUCUCAACUCUCCUACGCCAGCACCGGCAGUGAGUUUGCUGCUUUUUUCGCAAAGAAGAAACCACAGCGUGCCAAGCAGUCUCUUUUCAAGUUUGAAUCAUCUUCCCAUGCCAUCAGCAUGAGUGCCUACUUGAGAGAGCAGAGGCGAGAACUCUACAGCAAGAGUGGAGAAUUACAAGGCGGUGCUGAUGACAACUUGAUUGAAGGAGGAGAAAUGAAGUUUGUUUGCAAGCCCGGUGCGAGGAACAUCACUGUGAUCUUCCAGCCUCUUCUCAGAUUCAUCCAGGAGGUAGAGAUGAACAUGGGGCCAGGCCAGGCAAAGCAGUGCCAGCUCCGUGCCUUCCUCACUUACUACAUCAAUGACCUCUUUCUUAACCAGGUGCGAACAGAGAUCAACAAAGACAUUGAGACAGUGAGUAAGACGGCUGACCCACUGAAGAUCCUUGCAAGCGCUGAUACCAUGAAGGUUCUUGGCGUCCAGAGACCCGUGCUGCAGAGCACAGUGGUGGUGGAGAAGUCCAUCCAGGAUCUGAUGAACCUGAUGCAGGACCUGAGCUCCUAUUCCAACCAGUUCCUCGAGAUGGUGUGCGACAAGCUCAAGGAGUACAAGGAAAUCUGCAACACAGCCUACAGGAGUAUCGUCCAGUGUGAGGAGAAGCUCACCAUCAGUGCCUCUUGGUCCAAAGAUGAAGACAUCAGUCGCUUGCUUCAGUCUCUCCCAAACUGGGCAAACAUGACCCAACCCAGACAGACGCGACAGAAGAGAGAAGAUGAAGAGGACUUCACUCGAGCGGCUUUUGCCAAGGAGUCAGAGGUGCUGACUGGGAACCUGGGCGACAAAUUAAUCCCACAGAAUGAGAUCCUCCGUGAUGUCAGCGACCUGAAGGCUCUGGCCAACCUUCAUGAGAGCAUGGAGUGGCUCGCUGCGCGCCUCAAGACAUUUUUCGCCAGCCUGCCUCAUGCUUCCAGUGCAUCUCAGUGCUCGGCGGAGAGUGAACGCAGCAGGGAGCAGAUUCUCCAGAGCCUGAGUGAUCUGUCUAGGAGUUUCCAGGACAUCGCAGACCGCUGUCUCCUGGCAUUGCACCUGGAGGUCAGGGUACAUUGUUUCCAUUACCUGAUCCCCCUCACCAAGCAAGGUAAUUACGCGAUUGUGGCAAAUGUGGAGAGCAUGGACUACGACCCACUGGUGGUCAAACUGAACAAGGACAUCUCGGCCAUAGAGGAGGCCAUGGGAGCUGCUCUGCUGCAGCACAAGUUCCAGUACAUUUUUGAAGGCCUGGGUCACCUGAUCUCCUGUAUUCUAAUCAACGGGGCCCAGUACUUUAAGAGGAUCAGUGAGUCGGGUAUCAAGAAGAUGUGCCGAAACAUCUUUGUUCUUCAGCAGAACCUCACCAACAUCACCAUGUCGAGGGAGGCUGACCUCGACUUCGCCAGGCAGUACUAUGAGAUGCUGUACAACACUGCGGACGAGCUGCUGAACCUGGUGGUGGACCAGGGUGUCCGAUACACAGAGCUGGAGUACAUAAACGCCCUCUCUCUGCUCCACCGCAGCCAGACGGGCGUCGGGGACCUGAGCACCCAGAACACUCGGCUGCAGCGGCUGAAGGAGAUCAUCUGUGAGCAGGCCGCCAUCAAACAGGCCACCAAGGACAAGAAGAUCACCACGGUGUAAUGAUAACGCAGGUCAGGGGGUUCAGAGUUGGAGUGACAGUUCGCCUUCCAAUCAAGUAACCUGCAUUCUGCACGUAGACUGUACACAAAAAUUGACGUAGUCUUCUGGUUUGUAAAUCAAAAAAAUCUCCAUUUAAAGGGAUUUGAAUAUUCUAGUUCUCACUUGAACGCCAGUAAGGAUUUCAUUGAGGAGGUAAUGAUCUCAGUCACUAGUUUCAGCUCUUGUGUUCCCAUUCAGAGGAAAACAGACGGGUUAGCACAGCACAUGAUGAGUGGACACCAGUGUGACUGACAGCUGGUGUCAUCCAAUAGGUGCCUGGUUGUAGGUGACAUCUGUGAAUUUCCCCCCAAAAUCUGUUCUGCAGCUGGAAGAAUCCCAAUACCUUGUCCACUUUUAUGUACAGUGUAUGGCUCUACAUGUUUUUAAUAGGAUUACAUUUGGUCAAGUCGUUCAGGGUUGCCAGAGAAACUCAUUCUGGGAAAUGGAUGUUUGCUCUACACCGAGAUCAUGAUGUGUGAAAUCUGUGAAGUGUCUACUUCAUUUCAUCUUUCUUAAUACUAUAAGAUAAAACGGCAUAGUUGAGAGCUAACUUGAGGGAACUUUUUUUUUUCUUUUUAACUCUGGACCUUCAGAUUAUGGAUGUGUAACAUACUGUACGUGUAUAUACAGCAGUGACUCGUUGUAAUCAGUGUACAAACGAAGGUAACCGCUGUCGUCACAACUCUUUUUCACAGUCCCCUGCUCACUGUGACAAUGACUCCAGAUAAAAAGGCGAUUGUCUUGGACACUCACCCAAACUUAGGCCCUAUCUCAUCUCAUUUUCCUAUUAGAUCUAAACUGCUGCUCUCAAUUACACCUCCAUGUCUCCUCUCCUGGCAGCCCCCGCGGGCCCACUGAUUCUGUCUGCAAUAACAGAUGCCAGAUUACACUGUCUGAAUGAGGCCACAUCUUCCGCCUGCUGCCAAUUUGGGAUAGUCCCCAAAGAGUUUCCUCGCUCGGAAUUGUAUUGUAUCUAUGGCUGUAACAAAAUAUGUUUAUCUGUCUUUUUUUUAUUGUUUGUGCGGUUUUGCUCCUAGUGUGGAAAGAUGGUGAAAGCCAAUUAACUUUUUUCUCCCUCUGUAAUUAAGACAUCGUUGCUGAUUUCCCUCUGUAAAAACAGGAGGGGAAGUGUAUUUUGGUCACAGUAACACCGACGUAGAAUGACUUUGCAGUUUUUGCAUCAAGAUGUGUGUGUGUUGAGUCAAACCAUCUCAUCAGUCAAACUCUUAUGCCCACUACAUGUGCUUUAGUCUUUAAAAGGGAACUGAACAUAUAGAAGCUCAAGAGGCGAUCGCAAAUCAUUCAACCCCUACUGCAACACUCCCUGUUUUUAGUUCAUUAACUUUGGAAAGAAGUACUUAACGAGAGCAGGAGAGGGAAAUGGGAGUCUUGUCAAUACAGCAGGUCCAGCUCUGGUCUCCCUAAAGCUCACACAGCAAUCCAUCAUAAUGACACAUGGGCGGGGAUCGAUGGGAGAACAGCAAUGAAGCUGCUGAGGGUGUUCGCCUACCACUCUGAAAUGUACAUAUUGUGCGAAAGUCUCAAAUCUGCUCGUUCAGCUGUUCAACUUCACAGCUACUUUUCUAAUGUCAUUCAAGGAGAACUUUAAUGUAAUGUUAACUGGGUGUGUUGUGUCACACAAAUACAAUUACGAGUCCAGAAAGCGUACGGUGAGUCUGAAGCACUUCUGCUGUG